UAUCUUGAUUUAGGCAGCUAAUUUUUCAUCUCGCCAAAGGGGAAUCUGUCAGCUUAUUUCGUUUGUUGAUUUGGGUUUUGUGAGAAUAUGUCGAGUAAGAAAGAAGAAAAAGCUCAGGCUGCCGCUGAGAAAAUCAAAGCUGCUGCUUUGACAGCGGCAAAGGGUUUGAGCCGUGCUCAGGCCGAACGUGCUGCCGCAGCUGCAGCUCGAAAUGUAAAUGCUUACGGCCAGAAGGAAGAAGGGCCAAGCCGAUGGCAGGAGAGGAAAGAAGCAAAGCGACAAAUGUACCUGAUGAGCACUGAAAAAGCAGUCAGGUUAGGUGAGAGGAAAGACCUUAAGUCCUCCAUGUCAACCAUUGGUGGCACUUCUUCACAAUGCCAGAAAUGUUUCCAAACUGGCCACUGGACAUAUGAAUGCAAGAAUGAAAGGGUUUACAUUUCAAGACCGUCUCGGACACAGCAACUUAAAAAUCCCAAGUUGAAAAUGAAACUCUGUGUUUCGUAUGAAUUGGAUAACCCAGAUAUCCCGAAGGUGGAGAAAGGCCAAAAGAGUAGUAGUAAGAAAAGCAAGAGGAAGCACCAGUCGGAUUCUGACUCUGGAAGUGAGAGCAGUGAGGCUUCCGUUUUUGAGUCUGAUAGUGGGUCAUCAUCAGUAACAGGGUCGGACUAUUCUUCAGGUGAAAGUAGCUCGAGUUACAGUUCCUCAUCGGAUUCGGAAGAAGAGCGUAGGAGGAGGAGAAAGAAAAAACAGAGGCGGCGGCACCGGAGGUCCAGCUCAUCUUCUGAUUACUCAGAUUCUGAUUCAGCUUCAGACUCUGAUUCUGACAAGAAGAGCAGCAGGAGGAAGAGUAAGAGGCACAGUAGAAAGCAUUAGAGAGGCUGCGUAUGAUGAAAGGAGAGAAUAUGAUUUUGUUGACUUGCUUUCUUAAAUUCCAGUUUAUACCUGAUAGACAUCUGAAUCUCUGUUAGUUCUUGGUAGGAGGAAGUUUGUUCUAUGCUCUUGUGCCAAUCUCUUAUUGAUGUAACAAUUAAGAACUAUGUUCUCUUCUUAUAUUCUUCUUAGCUUUCUUAUGAAAUAUUGUGAUGAUGCCAGUAUGGAAUGAUGGUUGAAUUUAAUAUAUUCAUAUUGUUUUAUGUCUGAUUUUCAAAAGGUUUCUACCAUCUUUGUUUAUC